CUGUAUGACACUACAUCAUGAGUGACAGUAAAAGUGAUGGUCAGUUUUACAGUGUGCAAGUGGCGGACUCAACUUUCACUGUCCUAAAACGUUACCAGCAAUUGAAACCGAUUGGCUCUGGAGCCCAAGGAAUUGUUUGGCGCCAUCAUUGCAGUGCCUUGCCAUUCAUUGGCAGGAUGAGGCCAGGCAGUGUCAUUAUCACACCAUGGAUUAACCAGGAAGGGAUGCUGUGUGAGGGGUUGGGCUGGCCGUCUCUUCUUUGGUGUCUCUCUUCAACUAUGUGUCCAGCCCAGGACGUCAGAACCAUUGGUCUGACCCUGAACCUUAGGCUCUUGCAUGGUAAGACAGUCAGCUGCUGCGACAUCACUGGCCAGACAAAGUGCUGCUUUUGAUACAGUUCUUGGGAUAAAUGUUGCUGUCAAGAAGUUAAGCCGUCCUUUCCAGAACCAAACGCAUGCAAAGAGAGCCUAUCGUGAACUUGUCCUCUUAAAGUGUGUCAAUCAUAAAAAUAUAAUUAGCUUGUUAAAUGUGUUCACACCACAAAAAACUCUAGAAGAAUUUCAAGAUGUGUACUUGGUUAUGGAAUUAAUGGAUAUAAACUUAUGCCAGGUUAUUCACAUGGAACUGGACCAUGAGAGAAUGUCAUACCUUCUCUAUCAGAUGCUCUGUGGCAUUAAGCAUCUGCAUUCAGCUGGUAUAAUUCACAGAGAUUUGAAGCCUAGCAACAUUGUAGUAAAAUCAGACUGUACUCUCAAGAUCCUCGACUUUGGCUUGGCAAGGACAGCCUGCACCAACUUUAUGAUGACUCCCUAUGUGGUGACUCGCUAUUACCGGGCUCCAGAAGUCAUCCUGGGCAUGGGCUACAAAGAGAAUGUGGACAUCUGGUCUGUCGGGUGCAUCAUGGCAGAAAUGGUCCUCCAUAAAGUCCUGUUCCCAGGAAGAGACUAUAUUGAUCAGUGGAAUAAAGUUAUUGAACAGCUAGGAACACCGUCUGCAGAGUUCAUGAAGAAACUUCAGCCAACCGUGAGGAAUUAUGUGGAAAAUAGACCAAAGUACCCUGGAAUCAAAUUUGAAGAGCUCUUUCCAGAUUGGAUAUUUCCAUCAGAAUCUGAGCGAGACAAAAUAAAAACAAGUCAAGCCAGAGAUCUGUUAUCGAAAAUGUUAGUGAUUGAUCCCGACAAGCGGAUCUCCGUGGAUGAAGCCUUGCGUCACCCAUAUAUUACUGUUUGGUAUGACCCUGCUGAAGCAGAAGCGCCACCACCUCAAAUUUAUGAUGCCCAGUUAGAAGAAAGAGAGCAUGCAAUUGAAGAAUGGAAAGAACUAAUUUAUAAAGAAGUGAUGGACUGGGAAGAAAGAAGCAAGAAUGGUGUAAAGGACCAGCCUUCAGAUGCAGCAGUAAGCAGCAAGGCCACCCCUUCACAGUCUUCAUCCAUCAAUGACAUCUCGUCCAUGUCCACUGAGCACACACUGGCCUCAGACACGGACAGCAGUCUCGAUGCCUCAACAGGACCCCUUGAAGGCUGUCGAUGAUACGUUGGAGACAGUGCGCUUGUCUGUGAAGGAACUCUCACUUCCAUGGUCCCGAAGCACAUGGGAGUUGAUGGACCCAGAUUGAAAAACUCCAUGUUCUGCAUGUAAGAAACACGAUGCCCCCACCCCUGCUCAGUUCAAUAGGAUUGCCUGCUUAGACUAUAAAGUGAGGCAGACUGUGUCUGAAGAAAAAGUACAAACCACACUGUUAGAGAUUUUGUUCAAGAUCAUUUCAGGUGAGCAAUUAGAAUAGAUGAAUUUCUUUUCCAAAUUGUGUGGUGUCCGUGGUGACAGCUCAUGUGUAACCGUGGGGACUCGUAUGCAUGUGACCACAAAUGCUUGCUUGAACUUACCAUGUAGCACUUUGGGAAUCAGUAUUUAAAUACCAAAUAAUCUUCCAGGUAGUUCUGCUUCUAGAAUAAUCUCUUAAUCCUCUUUAGUAAUUUGGUGUCUAUACACAAAAAAAAAUAGAUUUAUGUGUAUUAAUUGGCCACCGUCAUAUUAUCAUAUCUUACCCACUUUUAUGGUAUGAUUUAUUCUAUCUUUUGUAUUUCAGAAGGAAUAUAAUUAAAUUUAUUUAAUAAAUAAAAAUACAGCUUUUCUUAAAUUUGUGAUGUUUUGGGCUGAGAAUUACCGCUGCUAAAACCAAGUUCUUUAUAUAGACACUCUGUGUCCUUUAAACUGCUCAGUGUGGAAUAACUUUACAUACAGCUUUCUGCAUGACAAAAUUUCCAGUUGUAUUUCCUGCUACUUAAGGCAUACAUUACCUUGAAUCCUGCCCAUGCAUCUCCUUCUCCUUGGUCCUCUGGACAUGGAUUUAGAAUCCUCCAUAUCACAAAGCACCCAUCUCAAUAGAAUGCUGGUGGCAGAUUCCUGAACCCACUGUCUAGUGUUGGCAUAGAGCAGAAGUGGCCUCUCCCGAACAGCCACUGAACAGUGCCUCCCUCCCCAGAGCCCACCCAUUCUUUGUCCCCUCCCUUCAUUCAUGGAGAAAAGUGAUUGGCUCUUACAGCCUUCCUUCUGCAGCAUUCCCUCCUAACUGGUCUUUGUCACUGACAGAAGCCAGGGCCAACAAGAGCACGUGGUCUCUUAGGAGGUGGGGCUCAUCACUGUGCCUGUUUGCUGCUGCCAUUUUCCAUUUUGUGGAGGCAUUUCCUUUUCCUAAGGGAAGUCCAUGAAUGUUCUGGACACAUUCUUCAGAAGAGUAAGAAGAAAUAUCCUAGAGAGUAGCGAUUCACUCUUGACUGUUUUCUGAUUUAAAACUGCUCACCUGAAAUUGAUACUUUGAUAUUCUGAUCUGUAAAUGACUCAGGAUUUAGUAAAAUGCUGAGUGUUCCAUGCUGCAGAAAUGGAGUUGGUAUGGUCAUACCUUGGCUGCCUGUGCUCAGAGUGUGCUCUCCCUUGAGCUUAUUUUGUUAGCAAUUCAUAUCUUGUGUUCAAUUAUUUUGGGAGCUAUGGAGCGUGUUCCAGGAGGAAAUUUGCUAAGAACUUUUAUGGAAAGUACCAUUUGAUACAUGAUUCUGUCUGCACCAGUUGUAUCCUAAUGGUUGGUCUCAUCACUGGAACCUUUAAUGAACAAAAUUAAUCUUGAAAUAAGGACUAGUUUUCUAUCAUGUAUGGACACUUUAGGUACAAAGUGGAAAUGCUCAUGUGGGUGGAGGCAGAAACACCUGUUUAUGGCUUCAGGUUGUUUAGGCCCCGGAAACCUGAAGUCACAGGUAUGAAUUUUACCACCAUCAUAUGUAAACAUCUUACAGUGGUCUUCUCUCUGAUGCACAUUCUUUUAAAAGACUUCACUGAAAUGUCUUUAAGAGGGGAAAUACAGAAAGCAAGCUUGUAAGCUACAUUAUCUGCCCUACACUGUAAAGGGAGCAUGUUAUGAUGGAGGCUCAUCCAAGGUCCCACUGUCAGGAGGUGCCCCCAAGAGUGGCUUUCUGCUCUCCCCUUACCCUGCAUAUCCAAUGAGCCUGUUGUGGAUGGAGCCUGUGCUGGUAUGGACAGGGUCUCCUGCAAAGACCCUCUUCUAUCAGGCAAGUGCACCUAUGACUGGCCACAGAGCUCCAAAGAAAUACCUCACCCCAGUUUCAGGGUCCUCCCUCCUGAGCCUAGAUUUGUCAGGGUCCUGGGACAAUGCAAAUGGUUUCGAACUGACCUCUGUAGGCAAAUGCCGGAGUUGGAUGAAGAACUGAAAAAUGUGCUCAACUUUUUCAUCUUUUCUAUUUUAUUUUUGUAAUUUAUAUUGUACACACCCUGGAAGUCACUAUUUUGGACAUGUAUUUUUAUAAACCAGGUAAUUGAUGAUUAUCUGGAAUUUGCACUAGGUUAGUUUUUGUUGUUGUUGUUGUUGUUGGCUUAGUUUUCAACCAAAAGGGGAAUGACUGCUCCUUCCAGGUCUGGGUUUCCAUUUCAAGCACAGGUCUUGGAGGGCAGACAUGUCCAGCCAGGGUAGGAGAGCAGCCUCAGAACACAGGCUGCACAGUGCCUCACAGCUCUGGGCCUGCAGUCAGAACCAGGCUGUGCUCUAAUCUUUAGAACACAAAGCCCAGAGGCCUGGUGUUAGAAGGAGAAAGCCCUCCACAGGCCCUUGAUGAUAGCUAGGGCUUGCAUCUAAAACAAAAACACAGCACUGGCUUCAUCUGGGCUGAGUGAUGCGUGAGUCAUAAUAAUGGUUUGUCUGGUUACCUUCUGAUGGGACUCCUCUGGUGUCUCAUGCUGGUAGUAAAUACAGGUGUGACCUUUCAAAUUGCAUAUCUCAAAAGUAACAUUGCCUAAUGUUUUAUAAUAAAAUAUAUUAUGUGUGUUUUGAUUGGUGGAAAAUAAUACAAACUACAUUUUAAAAGAGAAAUGUACAGCAUGUCCAAUUCCUGUGUGUUUCAAAGUGACAAUUGACUGACUGUAUCUUUCCACAUCACCAUUUUGAUUACAAACUUAACACAAAUAGA